GCGACGUAGCAGUAUCCUCUAAGUUUACAUGUUAUUCGCUUCCAGACCAACCCGACGAUUCACUCUUCAAGACUGUACCAUCAUAUACAUCGCGGAAUGGUUUCGUUAUCAUGACAUCACAUCUGAACAAAGAGAAAGUGUGGGAGACACUUUACAAUAGUGACUGCCGAAGUAUAUUCACAUACCCUACACAUGAUCAGUGUUAUCUACCAACAGCUGAAACUUCAGUGACAACCAAGAGGUUCGAAGUGACUGUGUGCAGAUCUACCCCAUUGUCUGACAACAUCAUCCUGAACACGGUUGAAGUCAAAUUAAAGGAUAGUGGCGAAGUCACUGUUAUGCAACACUACCACAACACCGGAAGUGCACGUGACGCAGAACUUGAUUUGCUAAUUGAUAGCCUUCUGACAUGGACCAAUGAUCCGGAACGAGUCUGCAGCAUGAUCAUUUCUGACUGUAUGAGCGAGUGUCGACUCCUGGUGCUUCUUGUGAACAUCGCCAGCAGACUGCAGGACGACGGCAGAGUGGACGUCAUCAACAACAUGCGACAACUUUACACGCGUCUGGGAGGUCCACCAUUCACAGAGGCUGACGUGAGACUAUGUCUGGAGUUUACUCAGCGGCGACUGGAGACACGCGGAGUUAACGCCAACAUGUGACAACAAGAACCGAAUCUUCCAUGGAAGCGACUGUAUGAAACAGUGGCCUAAAGGAAACGUUCAAUAUUUUAGACAAACAAUGACAUAAUAUCACAGAUUACCCAUAUUCUGUAAGCCUGCAAAUUUGAGGACAUCAUACCGUCAAAAUAUGAAACACACUGGAAGCUUGAAUCCUUGAAUUCAAUUUUAUUAGGGAAAAUAAUUUUCAUAGUUUUAAUGUUGUUACAUUCAUCAUAUUUUUAUGAACUUGCUAUUUUGCGUUGUAUUAUUCAUGACCUCUUGUUGCUAGGCAAAACCCGGUUUUCUGGUUGCACUCGUAGCAAAUUAUUUGUUUAUGAAAUCCAUAUGCACAUCUUUUUUAUUUUCUCUUUCCGAUUUGUAUGUUAUAUAUUGCUGGCUAAGUGAAUGCGAUUUCUAGAUGCACAUGGACGUAAUUUCUCUCUCUCUCUCUCU